CUGGGAAAAAGCAGCAUCAACACAUUCGCCUCGCAUCAGCGCAUUGCACGACACCGACACCGUCGACGCACCAACGGCUUCGGCCACGACGAUAGCUUUUACUAACCCAUAGCAGAACGGCAAAUUCACUACGACAAUCUCCGGCGCGUCACAGCCGCACCACAUCCAACACACAAUCCAUCCUUUGUGAUUGCAGCUGUCCAACCACUCUGUUUGCUACAAUCACCACCAAAUACAGCAGUUACGCGUCACAAUCCUAGUCACAAUGGCUGUAUCUACUCCUGUCAAGGCAACACCUACCAAAAAGGCCCCCGAGGUCGAUAGCCCAGGCACAUGGCGCCAUCCGCGCCUUAACGAAAUCACGCGACGUCGAGAAGCAUCGACCUUUUCUGAGAAGAAUGUCCGCAAAAUCGCAUACAAUAUUGGCACAAUCAUUGUCAUGGGCCUAGUGCAGCUUCUUACCAAGGCAUAUAUCGAUCCUAAAAUAGUACCUGCUGGCUUCCGCCUCUAUCUCAGCUGGGCAUGGACAAUCUUCCAGAUACUCCCCUUUAUUCAGAUCUUUACAGCCUGUCUGCCUCUUAUUCGAGCCAAGGACGAUCUUGCCGAUAUCCCGUUGACUCCAGCUCAGCGCAAGCUGCUUGGCCUGCCACCCAUCGCGACAGUUCCCAAGACCGAAGUUAAAUACAGCACACCGCCUCGUUAUUCUCGAACGCCGUCGAUUGCUGGCUCUGUUGGAAGCCGUGGCAGCUAUAACAACUCGCCUCUUUCGGGACGGGGUAGCCCUGUGAUGGGAAGCGUCUUUGGCGCCAGUGGCUCGCAAUACAGUCCCAUCGACAGCCCCUUGCAGCAAAAGCCAUCAUUCAGCACCAGCCGUCGCUCUUCAUUCAACUCUGGUAGCCCAUUUGGCGCUAGCACCGCCACCAGCUUGUUUGGUGAGCCGGCCUCGCCAACCCCCGCCGGAGCAAAGCGAACAAGCGUCGGCUUAAACAGCAAGUGGCUCUACGAAAAGGGCCGCCGGUCGUCAGGCAGCGCUUGGGUUCAUUAAAUAGUAAUUUUAUGAUGUGUAGCAUGGUUUGGUAUAAAAGUACAUAUAGCAUGCAUGCGUGGGAUACCUUAUAGGCAAUGGUUGUAUUUGGAUAGCAUCACGAUAUCAGGCAGGAGUUUUAAUGAAGCUUAUUUUGCAUAAAUAUAUUCAAUUAAAAGUG